UUCGUGAUAGAGCUGCCAACAAGCUAAACACAAACAUUGGAAUAUACAUUUUUGAAUUUUCAUUGAAAGAAAAACCAAAUUCAAAUGCAAUAAUGAAGCAAACCCUAAUUCAUGUUUGGUCCAAAAACUGAAACAAAGGAUGUUAGCUCCUCUCUGCCCACUUGGUGGGUUAUGUUCAUAAAGAGAGAGAAAAUGGGUUGUAUCUUAUUCUGAGAGAAAGAGAUAGAGAGAGAGAUGGGGAGGGUUGCCUGGUUGGCUUCCAUUUUCAGAAACCAUUAUGAAUGUUGAAGGAUGUGCGUAGAAUUUGGAUUGCCAAAUGGGGUUUCCUCUCAGAAUCAUAUCGUUUUUUAGUGACCCUUAUUGUCUGCUUGCUGCUUACUCCAAUGGAAGAUGGACUUUUUACCAGUUAAAUUCUUGCUUGGAACUCCGAGGAACUUUUGAUGAAAUGAAUGGUGAAACCCCCAGUGACCUCUGAGUAAAAUUCUUGGAAUGAUGGAGUUUGAUUGUUGGAAAUUUGAGGAUUUAUUUUGCUCAUAUAAUGAAUGAUGAAAUGCCCAAGUGAAUUCUAGUGUUGUACGUGCUCAAAAUUGCAUCAGUAAUCAAAUUUCUUAUUUGUAAUGAUGAACUCUUUUGGUAAAUUUAUGCUUGGAAUGUGAAGAAUUUUUACUUAUAUAUUGAAUAAGACCCAAAUGAAUUUGAGUAUCUUCAUUCCCCAAAGUUGCAUCAGCAAUCAAAUUUCUUGUUAGAGAGAUCCAUUUCCUAUAAAAUUCAUGCUUGGAAAUCUUGCAGGACUUCUACACAUAAUGGAUCAGUCACAUAAUCUGAAAGUGAUUUCUAGGUCCCGUUUGAAUUUUCUUUCUGUUUUCAUUUUUAGAUUUUGUAAAUUAACCUUAUAACUUCUUUGUUUUGGUCUCUGUUUCUAACCAUAUUUGCAAAACUCAACCCAAAAAAAUAAAUUUAAAAAUUAAAAUUCUUGUUUUUCUUUUUCUUUUUGAGAUUUAGACAAGAAUUCAAUCUUUUAUUUGAGAAAUAUGAAAACCAUUGUAAAGUAAUUGUCAAGGAACAAACACACUUUUUUUUUCUAAAAAACAAAAAAAAACUAUUAUCAAACUAGACAUAAGUGUUUUUCUAAAAAAUGAGAAAAUAUUGCAUCAGUAAUCACAUUUUUUUCUUGGAGGGGUGAAAUUUCCUGAAAAUCAAAGCUUAGAAAUCUAAGAAACUCCAUGCGAAAUGACUGCUGAAAAUACCCCUACCGAAGUCAAUUGUUUUUUCCUCAAAAUCGUAGCAGUAACCAAAUUGUCAGUUGGAAACCUAAGGAACUUUUGAAUCCAAUGAAUAGGUAGCAAUGUCAUUGACUCUUAUAAAAAUGGAAUGAUGCAAGAAAAAAUAAAAAUUCUCCCCUUUUGCAUAUAAUAGUUAAAAUUAAAGCCACUCAGGAGUUGUCUUCCAAAGACAAAAGUGGCCAGCCUUGAAGAGGAGGAAGGAAUCUUUUUAAGAUAUCUGUUUUGGAUUGCUUCUUUAAACUAAUAUUAGAAUAAGAGAAGUUUUUUGGGGUUUGGCUAUUCAAUAAUCACACUGCUCCAUGCCUUUCUUUUUCUUUUCUUUUCUUUGGACUUGAAUGCUUUUCCCAUUUCAAUCAUUUAUCACCCUUUUACACAACAUCCUUUUCUUUUUCUAUAUGUUUCAAUGAACUGGCACCAUCUUUGCCAAAGCUCCUCACCUCCUUUUUAAGCAUCACUUCCAUGGGAUUAGACUCAUGCAAACUAUUGCAGUUGUUUCCCAUCGAGAUCGAGAUAUGGUACGACAGCCAUGCUGUAACAAGGUCGGACUGAAACGAGGCCCCUGGACAGUUGAGGAAGAUCAUAAGCUCAUGAACUUCAUCCUCAACAAUGGCAUCCAUUGCUGGAGAUUGGUGCCUAAACUUGCAGGUUUGCUAAGAUGUGGAAAGAGUUGUAGACUAAGAUGGAUUAAUUACCUGAGGCCUGAUCUCAAGAGAGGUGCUUUCACAGAAACGGAAGAAAACCAAAUCAUUCACCUUCAUUCCCUUCUUGGUAACAGAUGGUCGAAAAUCGCAGCACAUUUUCCGGGUCGAACCGAUAAUGAAAUCAAGAACCAUUGGAACACUAGAAUCAAGAAGAGAUUAAAGCAACUUGGUUUGGAUCCAUUGACGCACAAAAAACUCACUGAGAAAACAGAUAGACUAAAAGAACAAUUGUUUUCAUUAAGAACACAAGAGGCAAUAAUGCCAAAUUUUGAUUUUGAGACAAAGGAAAUAAUCCCAAUUUCAUCCCAUAUGUUAUCUUCAGAUGGUUCAAGUAAUCUGGUGUGCAAAGGCAUUGGAUAUGAAAUGUGGAUGGGCCAAUUAGAAAGCAACAGCAAUGCAUCAUUUUCCUUGGAGUAUUGUUCUUCAAUGAAUGAAUCUCUAUCAAUCAUCAAACAGAACUCCGUACAAUUUGAUAGUUUGGAUUCACUUCCUUCAUGUUCAUGGGAUGAUGGGGUUCCCAAGUUCAAUAAGCUAGAAAAGGAUGACAUUUACUCGCUCGGGAAUGGCGGUGGCUACUACGUUGAUACCUUCUCUCACUAAGCUUUCUUUCUCUAAAGCCUACGUACAUGUUCCACAUUGUGAACUUGGGUCAUAUUUCAUCUGUUCUUUUAAUCACUGUAAUUACCUUUUUCUUUCAUUGUCAUGCUCAAUAAUCACACUUGCUUGUCCAAAUAGCACAUAAAGCUUGAUAUUAAUGUGGGAAAAUUUUCAUUUCUUUGAGUUCAAAUUCAACUUUCCCAUUAAA